GGGGAAAUUUCCUUCUUUCUACUCAAAUUGUACAUAUUAAAAAAUAAUUUGAAAAAGACAAAACAUGUUUUAAUGUGUAUGUACAUGCCAUACAAACGUUAAAGACUAAGUUUCUAUUUUUGUUCCCGUCGACUUUGACUAGCGGAACCUUGUUUAACCCGUCGUGGUUCUCACCCGAAGUCUUUUCACGUUACUCUGCUAUCUCCAUUAAAAAACACUUCUGUGAACGAAAGUAACGGCAAUUUAAAGUGUUCUCGUCUACCUCGUCUCAUCCGGAAUGGCUGGAAACUUCUGGCAGAGUUCUCACUAUCUGCAGUGGGUGCUGGACAAGCAGGACCUCAUCAAAGAACGACAGAAGGACUUGGGCAAGUCCCUCUCUGAAGAAGAAUACUGGAAGCUGCAGAUCUUCUUUGCCAAUGUCAUUCAGGCUUUGGGGGAACAUUUGAAACUAAGACAACAGGUUAUUGCUACUGCGACAGUCUACUUCAAACGUUUCUAUGCAAGAUAUUCAUUAAAAAGUAUAGACCCAGUUCUCAUGGCUCCGACCUGUGUUUUCUUAGCUUCUAAAGUGGAGGAAUUUGGAGUGGUUUCCAACACCAGGCUGAUAUCUGCAGCCACAUCUGUGUUAAAAACCAGAUUUUCAUAUGCCUUUCCAAAGGAGUUCCCAUACAGAAUGAAUCAUAUAUUAGAGUGUGAAUUCUACCUUCUGGAGUUGAUGGACUGCUGUCUGAUUGUGUACCAUCCUUAUAGACCACUGCUGCAGUACGUGCAGGACAUGGGACAGGAGGACAUGCUGCUGCCACUGGCCUGGCGCAUCGUUAAUGACACCUACAGGACCGACCUGUGUCUUCUCUACCCUCCCUUCAUGAUCGCCCUGGCAUGUCUACAUGUUGCCUGUGUGGUCCAGCAGAAGGAUGCCAGGAACUGGUUUGCUGAGCUUUCUGUGGACAUGGAUAAAAUACUGGAGAUCAUCCGCGUCAUCCUCAAGCUUUACGAACAGUGGAAGAACUUUGACGACAGGAAGGAGAUCGCUGCCGUGCUCAACAAGAUGCCCAAACCCAAACCGCCACCAAACAGUGAAAAUGACCAGAGCUCCAACGGUAACCAAAGCAACUCUUACAGCCAAUCCUAGCGCUGAGAGCAGCACGUUUGUGACAUCACACAUUAAAUCGACCCCAUUCCUCCUCUAAGAAAGUAAAGGUGCGCUGCACUCUCUUAAUCAGACAGAUGGAUAAUGAUGGCAGGGAGGGGGGUCUGCAUUAGAUGAUCCUGGCAUCCUUGAAUACCCGAGAGGACUCAUUUCAAACUUGAUUUCCAUUGUGUGCGUGUGUGUGUGGUGAGAAGUGGUGUAUUCCUCAGGAACUGCAGUAGUCAUGUCCACUUACAAUAACAAUGUGAUGCUGUGCUCUGUCAAGACAUGAAUUGACUUGUUAACACCCCUCUUUUGUAAAUAUAUUAAUUUCUUUAAAAUUCUCCCCGUGCUUCUUUAUUUUAGUGAUUACCUGCUGCCUCUUACAUAUAUUUUUAAAUGUUAUUUUUAUGUUUGGCCUCUACUUAUUUAAUCAAAAAAUCGUGGUGUAACACCUGUGCACAAAUGUGUAAAUGUGAACGUGUGUGUUUGUACCAAUAACAAGGUACUUGAAAGCCUUACAAAAUAAAAGCUGCUGACAGAACACAUGUUCCAUUUUGGGCAAAACUAUGAAAUG